AUGGAGAAUCUUCCGAACGACGUACUUUUGAUCGUCGUUCGCAAGCUAGCGGCUCAGGACCCCGUCUCCUUGCUGAGAGCCACUUGCUCCUGCAAGCAUUUACUUCGGGUAACGGAGGGGAACCGCGUCGUGUGGAAAGAGGCGUUUCUUGGGUCGGCGCCCACUGAACAAAACACGGAGGUUCGCGAUGCUUACGUCACUUGUGCUGAGCUGGAUGUGGAGGUGGAUAGCCUGGGAGGGUACAAGCAGCUGGCGCUGAUCAGAGCAGGACCCUACGUGUUUGCUCCAUGCGACAAGGCAGAAAAUGCGGGAAGAAGAAGCUCGGUCCAGAUCAACGAUGGGAGGAUGCAUGUGGAGGCUUACCUGUCCUUGAACAAAGAUCCUAUCCACCCAGCAAGGUUUUGCUCACGAAUAAUUGAACCUUGGCCGUGGGAGUGCGACGUUGUUGUGAAGAGCAACGACAUUGCUGAAGACGUUCUCGUAGGCGAAGUUACGGGCUGCCUCGUCUAUCAGGACCCCGACCCCCAUGAUCCAAACGACUGGUUUUAUAAGGGUGCAUAA